AUUACGCGCGUGUGUGUGUGUGUGUGUAUCACCCAAGUAUAGAUAGUACGAAGAUGUGUGUUGUGUGAGUCUGGAUCCAGUUCAAGAUGUCAAUGUCGUCGUGAACAUCUGGAUGUGUUCUGAUUUAGUUUGAAGCAACACAUCAGCUCUGAUGCCCGUGUACGGUUUGCCGCCGGCCCUGGAGUCCAGCUUGAACUCAUUAGCGGGAGUAAGACCUCCUACUUCCUGGAGGGUCAGUGGUCAUGGGAACGACACCACGGUGGUCCUGCGUUGGACGGAGUGCUCCAGCCCAUCCUCGGACAAAACUAUUCACUACGACAUCGACCACAAUCCAAAAGAUAGACUCCCAGACUCAGACUGGCAACAGUUUCAGAGAAACACAGCGCCACAGGGAGCGUUCACCAUAAACGGCAGCACCCACAGCGCGACUUCUACUAAGAUGGAAACAGACUCUUUCAGGGUGCGCUACUCCAAGACUUUGCCCAGACGACGUCAUCGGAUCUCCCCAGUUCCCAUGAUCAUCACGUCCAGUACAUCACUGAACCCAAAAGUACCCCAGAAUACUAAUCCUAGUACAGUAUCCGCCUAUAACGAUGUCGUAGACAGGACCAGCGUUAUUUCCGCCGAUUCUUCUUCCAGUGUAGACAGCAGCGGUAACUCAAGCAGGUGUAGCAGUGCAUGCAGAUCUGGUGAUAAUCACUCUAGCACUACAAUUGAUAUAUCUCCAGAGGAUUCGAGUCACGAGAGUCAAAUGCGAAACGGAAUCAGGGCGUACCUCAAUCAAGAAAUUGAGAUAGACAGAGCAGAUGAAAACAGACAGAAUACUCCCUCGGGUUCUCGAGAGAAGCUAGGCUCAGAUUCUAGACACAUUUCUUCUGACGAAGAUUCUCAAAUAGCGAAAGAUCAGUCUCAUGAAAAUACACAAAACAGCACCAGAUCUUCGCCUCAGUUGAUCUGCUAUUCAGAAAAUCAUAAUUUAAUUUCAGAGUCAAAUCAUAUCAAAUCACCGAAAGAUAUUCUUUACGAGGAUUCAGUUCCGGCAGCAAAGGCGCAAAGCGUUAUUAACACACAAAGUCCGAGGGCAUUUGAAAGUGUUGGUUCUCUAGCAGAAACCAGCCAAUCGCACAUCAUUUCAGACACAAACGGUAUUGAGGAGUUGCACGGCAACGUAGGGACUGAAGCUGAGAUUCCAUCCUUUGAUCUCGACAUGGUGUGCUCCAACGAUGAGGAGAACAGAGAUAUGUCUGGCUCCAAGUUCGUGGAUCAGUUCUGGGACGGCUACGACCCCAACAAUGACACUGAAGAUUUGGUAAAUGUUGAGAUUGAGGCCGAGUCACCACCAGAUUCCAUCUCUGAUGAAAUGUAAAAAUAAAACAACAACAACAAAAUUAUGAUUCCCCACUGAAUGACUAGCAUCCUUUCAACUUGAAAGAUUAGGAGUGAUUGUUUAAAGAAUGGAAUUCUGCUGUGCAGUGGCGUCACUAGGGUCGGUGUCAACAGGUACGGUUAGCUCAGGGUGUCAUUCCCCCCCCCCCCCCUACUCCCGCUAUCAACUUUAUCCAAUUUUCCCAAUAGAAAUUCAUUUUGUUAAACCAAUACAGUCAGCUGAUUGCCUAUUUUCAUCGAUUUUUUUGCACAAAUGUAAAAUUAGUCUAUUCUAUUUGAAAAUCCUUUUGUUUAUGACAUUUUUCAAUAGUUUUACAUAUUUUACAUUGUAUAUUUAUUAAAAUCACCUAAACAUGUUUCCUUUGUUAGACUUUUAGACGGAAACGAUAAAACAUUUUGCUGUGUUAUUCAAACUUUUACUACCAUCUAAAGGGGAAAAUGUAAGUUUGCCGCUACCUUAGUCAUCUAUUAGUCUCGGGGAGCGUUUAAAGAUCACAUAUCGAAGCCCGGAGCGAAGCACUAAGCAUUUUUCAGCAUUUCUGAGCUUUAGAAACUAAUUUUCCUAAAGUCUGUCAUGUACAAUUUCUACAAGAAAGAAGUUUGGAGGUCAAAUAAAAUUCAAUUAAGAAGAGGGCCGUACCUGAAGUGUGAGAGACAUUCGAGGCGUUUACCGCUAGUGUCCCCCCCCCCCCUUUACUAAACCUUUUUUUUUUUCAGAAAUAGUGCUAUGUACAUAAUUUUAGAUUGUUUUGUAUAACCCAAAACGUCCUUUUUGGAGAUAGUCUAAGAGAGCCAUCAGGUUCCCAAGCCAUCCAGCAAGGUGGUCUGUUGAAGCGCCGUUAUCUUCUUCAAUCUUUUUCCUUCGUUCUCAUCAUGUGUCGUCUUCAACGUAUUUUUCUUCCCGUAGUAAGAAGAGCCCACGUCAAUGUUAAAUUAUAACGGCGUUGGACGUUCCGAUAAAGAAAUAUUUUCUUGGAAUCUGUGCACACUAUCUAUACUAGUUUUAAAAAAAGUUGCGUAAAAAAUGUACGUCUAUUCAAGAAGGAGGCAGCAUUGGCCAAUACAUACGGGGGAUGUUCAAUGUACAUAUAGCGCACGUAUGUCUUAAGAUGAUCUUCAUGUUCAGUAAGAAGCCUUGCCACGAACUUUUUAAGUUUUUGUCACACGAAGGUCGUCAACAUAACGAUGUUAAACACUUGAGAGAUUACCAUUCUGACUAGUGAACUUUGACCAUCCUGACUAUCAAAUUUUGACCAUUCUGACCAAUCCAAAAAAAUCACGUCAGUGGAGAAGUUUUGAAAUAUCUUCUUCAAAAAGUUUUUAAUCGAUAUUUUUGCAGACUUCUCACACAAAAUUGGUAAACAUUUUAAAAGAUCUUUAUUAGUAGAAGUUACGAAGUCUUUAUCUUUCAGUAUUUUAACUUUUUAAACAUUGAUAAUGUCAUUUCACUGGGUUAAUAUUCGUAAUUUGAUUGAUAACUACAAUGAACAGACAACUUUUUAAUUAUACCCCUGUAAAAUAAUUUGAAUUGCUUCACCCUCUCCCCAUCGGUCAUGGCGUCGCCCCUCCCCCCAAUCACAGCUUGAGAAAAACUGCAGUAGUUCAUGCGAGUUUUUAAUGGUCUUGUUGUCUUCAGAUAAUCCUCCUUUUUUUAGAAAGGCGUCCUGUAGCGGGACUGUUCUGUUCACGCAAAAAAAAAACGUCAAUAUUACGAUGGUACGUUAGAAAUUGGUUUGUACUGCCCUAAAAAAUGGGAGAGACUCUAGAAUUACGUUGUUGAAGAGGCAUUAAAAUGUUUUCUUUUAAAGAACCUUUUCAAUUGAUCUUGCUGCUACUUGGACGAUAAAAUGAUGUCACAUUCAUUAAUAAUUUAAUUUGUCUUAAAAUUUAGUAAUAAAGUCUCUAUCGCCUUAUUAAUACUAAGAUAUAAAAUCACUACAAUGCAAAUACAAACAAUGUUUGUUCUUUACAAAAAAAAAUGCCUUUGUGUCCCCCCUUUGUUAUCACGUAAUGUUUUGGACAUUUUUACCAAAGAAAAUAAUAUAUAUAUAUAUACAAUAAGACCUAAAAUAAAAUAUAUAGAUCUAGAUAAUUACAGUAGAUAUGCCUAGACAUAUUUGAGUAUAUGUCUUGAGAUUUAUUUAUUUUUUAAUCUACUAGUUUUUGCGAUAUUCAAUUUUUUCAUUCAGGCUUUUAAUUUCUAGUUUUUGCCAAUAUUCAAUUUUUUGUCACCCCCUUUAUGGGUGUCACCCGCUGCGGACCGCACCCCCCCAGUGACGCCACUGCUUCUGUGACUAACAAACACACGAUAUUCACCAGAUGAGUUGCAGUCAAAAUUUUGUUUUAAAGCAGCCUUAAGUUUGUUAUUACUUGUUUUUCAUUAAACA